GAGAAUGAGGAUUUGAGGCAGGAGGUCCGAGAUUUGCAGUUGGAGAUGGAGGAGCUGCAUGAUCAGUUCCGAGAGGAGGAAACCUUAGAAUUCAGGGAACUGCAGAAGGAAUUAGAAGCAGCAGCCAAAAAUUGUAGAAUUUUACAAUUCAAGCUAAGAAAAGCAGAACGUCACAACGAGCAACUUGAAAACGAUAGAGCCAUCUACGAGGAAAAGUUACGGCAUUUCGAAACCUGCAUACAAAGUUCAGACGACAAACGUAAGAACAGGAUGUUGGAAGAUGAAUUGAAAUCAGCAAAAGACGCCAACCUCCGGUUGCACGAAGAAAACGCGCGGCUAGAAGAAAAGAGA